AUGUGGUACCAAGUGAAUGUUGAAGGUUGUCAACCACAGGUGAGAGUUUCACAUGGUUCGACUAUUCUUCAUCAGUCGUCAGAGAACAGCGGCGAAAUUGGUCGUGUCGUUCUCUAUGGCGGUAAGAACAACACCACUUGCAAACCGGAACUCUCAUUCAUCAGCAUUGGCAUCGGUUGUACCGAAGACAUUGCGAAACCACAGAGUAAACAAUCGCUUGGAAAACUAUCGAAACUUCUCGGUGGUUCAGCAGCGUCCAUCGCUCAAUCGACAAACUCACACAUCACCAACUCAUCAUCAACAACAACGACAACAAACUCACAAACUUAUGUAAACAAUCAUAAUGCUCAAUAUAAUCACUUUUCAAAUAUCAACAACAAUAAUAAUAAUUCUUCUUCUUCAAAUCAUCAUCAACAACAACAACAACCGCAACAAUCAUUUUCAAUACAACAACAAUCAAAACCUAGAAAAACCUAUUCGAAACUACCGAUUUACUCGGGAUCCGUUAUAUUUCAUAGUGAGAACGCGUCGACCAAUGGCAGCGGACCGGGACUGCGUUUGAAUCACUCGAUGGUCGCGAUCAACUCGGGAAUGCACAAGGGUAAGAUCAUCUUGUUUGGCGGCACCGACGAAGAUGGCAAUAUCAACUGCUCCGACGAUCUCUUUAUAUUGGAUAGCGAGCAACUCUGGUGGGAGCGAGUAAGGCCCACCGGCACACACCUGCCAGCGUCGCGUCACUCACAUUUCAGUUUUCAAAUUUCAAACGAUUCCGUAAUCAUUUUCAGUGGAAUCGAUAUUAACAAUCAAGUUUUAAAUGAUAUACAUAUAUUAACAUUAACCUCUCAAAAUUUAUUAAAGUGGAGCCAACCAAAUAUUAGUGGAUUAACACCAGACUUGAAGAAUAAGAACUUUAAAGUUGGAUAUAGCAAUAAUUCGAUAUGGGUGAUACAAACCGAUGGAAUUUUAUAUAGAUUUGAUAUUGUUAACUUUAAAUGGAAUAUAGUACAAUAUAAAGGAAAAUCACCGAUAGUAGAUGAUAGAAUCAUUAGUUGUACUAGUUAUGCCAAUUAUUUAGUGUUUUUAGUGGAUAAUGAAAUCUACUUUUUCGAUACCAUUCAGUUGGAGUGGCUGGGAUCAUCGAUUGACGGUGACUUGCCGUUCAAGCGAAGAGGUCACUCCAUCACCAUGGUAGGAUCGAUGUUGGUGGUCGUCGGUGGUCAAUGUGAAUAUCCUCUAUCGACCGUAUUGACAAAAGAUAUAGAAAUAAUCGAUUUAAAACCAUUCCUUUUUUAA